AUGGCUCUCCAUGACCGAAGGGACUGGCUUCAGGCGAUCGCACUGCACGAAUAUGACCUUGUCAAGACUUAUUUGAUACGCUUUGCAGGGACUGCCAACGGUAUGGGUGAAACAGGGCUCAUGCUCGCGGCAAGACUAAACGAUGUUGAAAUGAUCAAGAUUCUCUGCAUCCAGGAGGCAACGCUGGUAAAUAAGGAGGGCUACACUGCCCUCAUGAUUGCUGCGUGCUGCGACAACUUGGACGCAUGCCGCAUUCUCAUUCCAUUUGAAAAGGGCGUGUUUCUGCCGGAUGGGCGCACGCCAUUAAUGCUUGCGGUGGAGGCAGGGAGCAUCGACUGCGUCCGGCUCCUGUUGAAUUACUACGGUAUGGAGCGGGACAACCAUAAUCUGACCGCCCUUGACUACGCUGUCCGCUCGGAUCGUCCCCACUUCGCGCAACUUAUCAAUUCGGUGAACAACGUCACGGAUGAGAACUAUGCAUCUGCAAUGGCCAGUGUAGGCCGCAGUUCGUCGGGAAUGCGCGAGGUCCUCAGUGCAUCUCGCAGUCGCGGCGUGGAAGAGUGCCCUACCUGCCACACUCCUGUUGGGUGUAUUCAUGCGGAGAAUCAGGGCGUCUCAAGCAUGCCACCAGCACUAUUAAAGGAGGACCAGGACCUCCGCAUGGUCUUUGAAAACGGGGCUUCCCUUUCGCCUGGGGGUGGGCGCACCCUGUCGUGGCACGAGCAGAUUGUUGUGGACGUCCGAAAUCUGCGUAAGCAAUAUAAUAAGGUGGUUCGCGAGAAUCUAGAGAUGCGCAACGUGAUGGACGAACUAAGCACUACACUGGAAAACCUUAAGGAGAAUAAUGCCCAACUCACAAGUGAUCGCGAUAUCCUUAAAGAGACGAACAAACACCUCAGUGACAUGGACCGCCGCCUAAAGCAAGUCAUCAACCACACAGGCGAGGGUGAUGUUGUGGAAUGCGUCAGCGAGCUUGUGAACACAAUGAGAGAGCAAGUGAAGGCGCGCGAGGAGGAUCUGCGCAACGUUUCGAAUGCACUAGAUCAGGUUAUCUCGGAGUCUCGCGUCAUGAGCUCGGAGGCGUCGGACCUCAAGAAGGACCGCGCCCGCCUCCUCAACGACGUCAAGGAUCUGCGCCAGAAGCUGUACGAUAAGGAGCGCGAGCAUCGCGAGCUUGAAAUUAAGCUCGAGACAUCCAACCGUGAGGCAGAGCAGCUCGUUUAUGAGCGACAAGAGGUCGAAGAGACACUCACGAGACUCACCAACGAGCUACAAUCAGCAAAGACUCUUUUGCAGAUCAUCAAGCAGGGUGCCGCAUCCAUUGAGGGCCCUGCUCGCAUUUCUGAUAUAGAUUCCCGCGGGUUCACUCCUCUCCUCCGCGCAAUCGCUGACGGUGAUUGUGAUGGUCUUAGGGAGCUUCUUGGGCUCCCACUGCCAACACAGGAUAUCUAUGAUGAUGACGUUUCCAUGAUCAAGGGCGGAAACACUAAGCAUCUCAACUUGACUCUGGUUCCAAAGCACCUCGAUAUUUCUAAGAUGCUGAACGAGCGCGACGGCCUCGCCGGCAGCACCGGGGCGACUACAGGUCAUCGCACAGAGCUGAUCAGUGCGGUUUUGAAUAAUGAUAUUCACUCUGUUUGGCAGCUUAUUCCACAGCGGGCCGGAGAGCAGGACAUGGACGGAAGAACUGCGAUGAUGUAUGCUGCCCAGAAGGGAUACACGGAGAUGGUCCGCCUGCUAGUGGACAAGGAAGCCCGCAUUCAGACGCCGUAUGGAACGACCGCACUCAUGGAUGCUGCCUGCAACGGUCAUACAAACGUGGUCCGCCUUCUCUGCGAUCGUGAGGGCGGUAUGUGCACAAACGCCAAACACACCGUUGGGGCGGGCCUCACCGCGCUAAUGCUCGCUGCUCACGAAGGCCAUGUCGAGUGCGUUAGGCUGCUCGCAGACAGGGAGCUGUCUAUGCGCUGCGCCAAUGGAAAGAACGCCAUUGACUAUGCACGCACCGAGGAGAUCAAGCGCAUCCUGAGCAACUGGGGCGCGUGA